ACGUUCCCCGUCGGAUUGUUUUUGAGGAUACACACUAUAGUGGAACCGAAAACGUGUACGCGGAUGUUCUACAAAUUGGAUCAUAUUUUUUUUAUUUAAGGAGGCAGGAGCACACGAAACGCAACGAAAUGGUGGACUGGAGCCCCAUCGCUAAAGUUUAUGACCCGCUCAAAGCUGGGAGCAUUGACGGCACUGACGUGGAGCCCCACGACCGGGCCGUGUGGAGGGCGAUGUGUGCCCGAUACAAGCCCAACAAAGGUGUCGUGGGGGACCCGCUACUCACCCUUUUCGUGGCCCGACUCAACCCGCUGACCACCGAGGAGAAACUCCACCAGGUUUUCUCCAAAUUCGGCGAUAUUAAACGACUUCGCUUGGUUCGCGACGUGGUCACGGGCUUCUCCAAGCGCUACGCUUUCGUUGAGUAUAAGGAGGAGCGGGCGGUGGUGCGAGCUCGCCGGGACGCCAACAAGUUGGUGGUGGACCAGCAGGAAUUGUUUGUCGACUUCGAGUUGGAGAGAACCCUCAAAGGUUGGAUACCUAGGCGGCUCGGCGGCGGGCUGGGAGGCAAGAAAGAGUCCGGGCAAUUGCGCUUCGGCGGCAGGGAUAGACCCUUCAGGAAGCCCAUUAACCUCGUGGUCGGACCGUCCCACCAGGAAUGGACGAGUGGAGGACGCAGGGAGUGGGAAAGACCCGGGGGAAGAGACCGAGACGAUCGGGAUAAACGGGACCGAGGCCGAGACGACAGGCCUUAUAGAGGACGGGAGGACAACCGCUAUCAAGAAAGGAGUAGAUACAGAGACAGACGAUGACAUCUCUAAAGACUGGACGUGUGGUGCCUUUAUUAUUGAUAUUUAAGACUCUUAUAGUUUGAUUGGCUGAAAUUAUCAAUCACCUCCACCCCACCAAGUCCAAAUUCACUCACUUUCAGCCUCUCAACAGUAAAUAUUCUCCUAUUCCUGUUGUCCUCAUCAUAAAACAAAAUUCUUCUGAACUGGGAAGGAAGGCUUUUACUGACCAUAUUUCGCUGCCAUUUACAGCGAUAGACGUCCAAUUCAAAUUUGAGUGGGGGGAUGGCAGCGAUCGAACGAUGCCAGACGUCUAUCUGUCAGUGGCGCUCAAUUAGUUAAUCUAAAGACAUUCGCACUGCUUUCACUUUGGAAAAUAAUGUUCACCAGUUCCUGAGUAAAACAGUAACUGAAUCAUACAAGAUGUUUGUGGUUUUUAUGCAUUGGCAUUGUAAAGUAAAGUUAUAAAAUGUUUUCAAUCAUUUUACCCAGAUAGCAGACCGACGUUGAAAAGAUGUUGGAUCAACAUUCCGCUGUCGAUCUUAUAUCGUUGAAUCAACGGCACUUUUGCACCCUCAAUUAAUGUUGUUUCAACUUUGAAAUCCUUACUAAACCUAAACGUCAUUUCGAUUAUUAAUAAUAUUGGAACAACGCAGAACCAAUGUUAUGUUUUCGACCAAAACGCCUGCUCAUCCAUAAUUCAAUGACUUUUCAAUCAAUCAACUAUUUGUCAACAUUAGUUCAUCAACUAUAAAACAAUGUUAACCCAACCAUCGCCUGACAUACCAUAGAAAAACGUCAUUUCAACGUCACAACGUCGAAAAUUUCGAUGUCAACCAUUCUGAUGAUUUUGAUGGAAAAUCAACGUUUAUUCAAUGUCGGUCUGCUAUCUGGGUAGUUGACAAAAUUAUCACACAACAGAUUAUUAAACU